AUGGCCUUCAAUAGUAAACAGUUUUUCUCAUUUUUCCGAAAGUUGAGAAACGUGGAGAAUAUGAAUUUUGCAUCUAUACCAUUCAAUUUAGAGGUAGAUGCAGGAACUUUAACUGCCAUCAGCAGCGGAAUGCAUUAUUCGUGGACAGCACCGUUACUACCUAUUCUUCAAGGACCUGAUUCUCCAUUGAAAGUCACUGACAGUCAAGCGGAAUGGCUAGAAAAUUCAUAUAUGGUCGGUGCUUUUUGCGGAGUUUGGAUAACAAUGUAUUUAGUUGAUAAAAUCGGCCGAAAGAAAUCUAUGCAUUUAGCUUCAUUUAUAAUGUUAUCCGCUUGGGUAGUUACGGCUGUAGCUCCAAGAGUAGAAUACAUAAUUGCUGCAAGAGCAUUUGCUGGAUCAGCAGGAAAUAUGACGUUUGUAGCUACGCCCAUGUAUAUUGCUGAAAUAGCUGAGCAUAAAAUAAGGGGAUUUUUAAGUAGUUUAAUUUAUCUUAUGAUGCUUAUCGGUAUUCUUUUAAUUUAUUCUGUGGCACCUUUUGUUCCCUUUUAUGCUCACUGUAUUUUGGGAGCAUCAUUUGAUUUAACACAACUUAUAAUUUUUCCCUUUAUGCCAGAAAGUCCUUAUUAUUUACUAUCUAACAAUAAACCAGAAGAUGCUUUACAAUCUUUAAAAAAAUUAAGGAAAAAAGAGCAUGAUAUAAAAAAAGAAUUAGAAAAUAUUAAGUUAGCAGUAGAUCGCCAAAAAGCGGAACAAGGUAGAUUCUGUGAUCUUUUUCUGGUUUCCAGUAAUCGUCGAGCUAUGCUUAUAAUGGGUUUUUUAAAUACAGCUCAACAUUUAAGUGGUAUUAGCGUUCUCCUUAUGAACAUUCAUAUUAUCCUUGAAGCUGGAGGUUCUAUUUACAUCGAGCCACGAAUGGCUGCAAUUAUAUUUUCUGCGACAAUGGUAAUCGCUGCGUCUGUAGCUUCCCUGACUAUGGACAAAUUUGGUCGAAAAACUUUACUAAUUUCGUCCAGUUUGCUAACCGGACUGUGCCUUCUUGUUUUAGCUAUUUACUUUAGUUUAAAAAAUGGUGGAAUCGACACUAUUAAUUAUAGUUGGAUUCCCACUGUAUGUGUCAUGCUAUUUGCUCUAACUUUUAAGCUGGGAUUGGGUAUGGUACCUAUAGUGCUCACAGCAGAAAUUUUUCCCACAAAUAUGAAAGCUUUCGGUAUGGCAAUUGCAGAUGGAUUUUAUGUUGGAGCUUCAUUGCUUUCUUUACAAGUGUAUCAAAGAUUAACUCAAUAUUUUGGACUAGAGUAUCCUUUCUACGUUUUUUCUUGUUUUUGUGUCUUUGCAGCUCUAUUCACUUUUAUAUUUAUACCUGAAACAAAGGGUAAAACUUUGGAGGAAAUACAAAUCAUUUUAAAAGGAAACAAUAUAUAA